AUGGCAUGCGCGGGCCAUUUUGUCCGCUGCAUAGCCAGUGCCCAGACGAAGCGUCAAGCGUCAACGCUUAGUGUGUACCAUAACAUCUUUGUAAGAAAGCCUCGGCGUAAAUUUUAUGGCCUGAAAGUAAGCAAGCCUUUAAACCCUGCAAAAGAGAGUCCGAUCGACAUGGGUGACCCUGGAUUCGUUUCAGGAUUGAUAGGUUGGGGGAUAACUGUAGCUUUGACAGAGAUCAGCGAGCGCAUCAAGCUUGCAGUUCAAUGCAAGAAAGAGCUUCACAAACUUGAAGACUGUUUGAACAAUAUUGCCCCUCUCAACAUGGCCAUCCAGAGGUAUCGGACGCACCUGAAGCUGGGCCAAUCUGUUAGCCACGAGACACAGACGCUACGGCCCCCGGCUGUGAACGAGUGGUUGAAAAAACUCGAUUCGCUUGUUAGACAGGCCACCGAGGUUGCAGAGCAGUGUUGCAUACGCUUACCGACUUAUAAUGUGAUUUCUCGCUACCGCAUGAGCUUGAGGAUACGGGAAAUCAUUGCAGGCGUUGAAGAGCAUCUGAAGCAGGCUGCUUUGAUUGGCAUAACGACCACGCUUGCCAGCAAUGAGGAGCUCGGGCGAGGUCUCCAACGUAUUGAACAAAAAUUGGACGAUCUCGGCACUGCAGCCACCUCGUCGAAUUAUCCAACAGCAACACAGAGGUUUCAGCCAGUGAACGAACCCCUUAUUGUGGGACAGGAUGAUGUGUUCUCUAAGCUGCGGGAGAAAUUAAUAGAUGAAGGGGAAGGGCUAACUUGCCUGGGAGUGGUUGCCAUGGGCGGAGCUGGAAAAACUUUGCUUUUGAAAACUGUGUUCAAUAGUAGAGAGGUGCAGGAUAGUUUUAAGCAGGAUCUGGUGCUUUGGCUCACGGUGUCACAUAAUCCUUCUCUUUCUGCUCUCGCCCGUAACCUUGGAAGGCAAAUUGCUCUGCAAAUCAAUCAGCCGUUUGAUGAAGGAGGCGGCCAAGACGAUUAUGUGAAGCCGUGGAUCUAUGAAAAGAUGAAAAGCAGGAGGUUUUUGCUGUUCCUGGACGAUGUUUGGGAAAACAGCAGCGACGGGUUGCUGGAGGCGUUGGGCGUGCCGGUUGUAACGGUCGGCAACUGCAAACUGGUAGUGAGCGCCAGGGACAGAAAGGUUUUGGUAAAGUUAGCAGUGAAGCUUGACAAUACAAUCACCUUGACUGGUCUUAACGAGGAUCAAAGCUGGGCACUGUUUUCAUCUCAUGCCUUAGCAUACAACAAUAAUCUGGUGCCGUCAGUGACAGUGGAGGAAACGGCAAGGCACGUUUGCAGGGAAUGUGACGGGCUUCCGCUUGCCAUUAAAGUAAUAGCGGCCACCAUGGCAGGCGUCACAGGUCCGGUAGAAUGGGAUUUGACGCUUCAGAGGCUGCAAAAUGCAGACAAGCUUAAUCCGGAUGUGGAGAAAAAGCUUUACAACCGCUUGAGGCUCAGCUACGAUGCUCUGGCCAGGUACGAUCCUCAUCUACAACUCUGCUAUCUUUACAUAGGUGCCUUUAAGGAAGAUGAAUUUAUGUACGUGGAGGAUCUCAUUAACUUGUGGAUUGGGGAAGGACUAGUUACAACCAAUCGCCCAGGUUACGAUCCCUUGGAAAUUGGGCGGGCUCAAGUAAAUGUGCUCUUAGAUCGUUGUCUAAUCGAGGGCAGCGUAAUGGAUGCGGACGGGCAGGUUAUGGUCUGUUCCAUGCACGAUGUGCUGCAUGAUUUAGCUCUGCAGAUAGCGGAGUUGGAAGAGAAUUGUUUGUACAGGGCGGGCAAAAACCUACAGUUGUUUCCAGAAAAUGAGUGCAAGGGGCAAAGCAGGGUUUCUUUGAUGGAGAACAAUUUUGCCUCUGUUCCGGAUUCAUUCGAGGGUGGACAAGUCCUUUCCAUGCUACUGUCCGAGAACAAAAACCUCACAAUUUUUUCUGCGCGCGCCAUGGCCACAAUGACCCGGGUUCGAGUUCUGGACCUUGGAGGCACGUCAAUUCAGGAGCUACCUUCCAGCUUUGGACGCAUGAAACAGCUUGUUUGCUUGCGGUUGGCCCGCCUGCCAAUUAACAAAUUGCCUGAAAGCAUCACCGAGCUAAACAAGCUUCAGAUCCUGGAUCUUUCCACCUGCAAUCAACUGGAAUGCUUACCCUCGGGGAUUGAUAAACUUGUCUCUUUGAAGUACUUGGACUUCUGCUACUGUCAGCGUCUGCAGUCUUUACCCUCUGGGAUUUGCAGGCUUCUGUCUCUUCAGUAUUUGCGAUCGGAAGGAUGUUGGAAAGCGUGGGGACCAGCGGUAACAGCACAGACUAAGUCCAAAUUGUGCUUCAGAGCACCUGAAAGGGCAGCUUGCUUUAAGGAUCUGCAAACCCUGACGCAACUCAAAUGGCUGGGACUAGAAGAUAUGGGAAUGACAAUCGAACAUGGUACUUUAGGCACCAUGAUAGAAAUGAGAACUCUUGUCAUAAAGCUCGCCAGCAUGACUGCUCUGCCGGACGACAUUACUGAUAUGACGAAGUUAAAAACGCUCUUCAUAAGUUGCAGGGAUUUGACAAGAACCCCGCCUUGGUUUUCUCAAUUUCAACACCUGGGCUGCCUCAUAUUCUCUAAAUGCGACAAGCUUGAACAAUUGUCCGCAUUGCACAAGCUUCCAAGAUUGAGAAGGUUGGAUAUAGGUGCGUGGCAUAUGAAGGAUUUGCCCCAGGAAUUUGGGGAAGCAGGGGCGUUUCCUGCGCUGGAGAGAUUUUGGGUGGAGAAAAUGAACGCGCUGGAGAGGUUACCGGAGGUGAUGGAAGGAGCAAUGCCAGUGUUGAAAGUGUUGGGUGUUGUAAGUUGUGCUCGUGUAGAAAUGUUGCCCGCCGGCUUUUUCGAGCUGCAACACCUGCAACAGAUACAAAUUCACAAUACCAGCAAGGUGUUGCAAAGGAUGGCAGAGGGAGGGCAAGAUUGGGAGGUUGUACAACGGCUCACAAACAAGGGCGUAGAGAUUAUCAGAGAAUAUGGUGGUCACAAACGCUUAACGGAGAUAAGCACAAGGAUGGGGAGUAAAUAUUGGUGGGACCGGUUUGCAAAAGAAAUGUGGAUGAAUUUCCAUGUUUGA